AUGUCCUGCAAGUGUUCAAAGUACAAGUUUGCCGCAUUUAGCGGCUACCUGAUUACUCCAGAGAAUUUUGGGAAGUUCGUCUGCAGUCUUCCUGUGCUCCGUGACUGGGAGGAUGAAGAGUUUGGCGGCGAUCCCUUCGUCGAACAUAUCACUCGCUAUGCUGCCAGUGAUGACGAGCCGAGCGUGACUGACGAUCGCAUAACACACAUGUUCUUCGCCACCCGUUACGUUCCGUACGAGUGUCCGUCCCAGCUUGACGAGUCGCAUCCGGACAGUGAGCCGCUGCGGACAAAAACGGAAAAGGACCGAGCCAUGUUGAACAAGUGGAAGGAGAUCUAUGAGAGCGUCGGUGGCAAGUUCGACCGCGACAUGGUCACAUUCGGGAUUAUCAAGGAGUGGCAUUCGGUGAAGAUGAUACCGUUUUGA